GCUUGAAAUGAACUUUCACACACACACACCUGAGGAGGAACGUGAUUCACUUCAAGUCACAGCGCGGAGGCACAACCUGUGCAAACGUAUUGAAACUGGAGAUGAAUAAAUUCAAGGCAUUCGUUGUGAAGAAAAAACGGAGAGAAAGCACGCAGCCUUUAAUAGAGAAUAACAACGUCAUACAAGAUGGAUUUAAACAGGCACCAUGUACCGAGUAUGAAAACCAUUUGGUUCAGAAUACCUUGAACAUCCACAAAGAACAACGCCUGCAGAGUGAGGAACAGAUCACACCUGAGAAACUCGCUGGACUUCUUCAGGUGCCGCUUGAGGAUGGAUCUUGUUGCUCAACACACCGUCAGCUCAAUGCAGAGCAGCAGCAUCUCUGCCUCGUACAAAGAUCUGUGGACCAACACUUCCCAAAGCUGCCUCCAGAUGUGGACCAGAACCUCCAUCAGUACCUGGAGAACGUGCAGAAGAUGGUUAUUACCGAGUUUGUGAGGCUCGGCCCCCCUUUGACACGUAUGGGGCUGAUGGGAAGUCUGAUUGAUUGCUACCAUCGUGAGACAUUUACUCGCCUCGAUGAUCUGCUGCAGAACGUCCGAUCCUCCAAGAACUCCUUUGGGUUGAUGAAAUGGGUCCUACAUACGUAUCUGAGCCCGGAGAUGCUCUGUCAUCCUGAACUUCAAGAAUUGGAUCCCAUUAAAAAGGUCGACCUCCUGCUGUUCACCGACUUGGUGGGACAAGCAAAGGACAAACUGCUUGAAAAUGUGGAGAACGAGGUCAAAGUGUUCCUGGAGAAAAUCCUGCAGAAUGAGAGAGACAAAGAAACGGUCAAAGAUGACCUGUAUGUGGACACUAUCCAGUGCAUUGAUGCCAUGAUCGAGGCGGGGCGACAAAUCAGCCAAAAACUGUCUGGCCGCGUGCAGGAUGUCUGUUUCCAAGAGCUGCUGAAUUUUCUGACACAGUACACCAAUGAGCAGACUGAGAUUUUUGAAAAAAAAGCAAAAGUGGACAAACCAGAAAUCAAAGAUGUCCUCAAGAUUUUGAAGAACUGCAAAAAAAUCAAGCAGUACAUCCAGACAAAGGAGAUCAAAACAUCCCUUCUCAAAGAAACCCUGGCUGUACUUGACAACAUGGAGACUUUUACUCUGAAAGUCCUGAAGGAAAUCACAGCUGACAUGACAGAGGUAGCUAUUCAACUUAAUCAUUAA